UAUUAUACAAUUAAUACUAUACACUUAAAAAAAAUAACUUACAUUCCAUUACACAGUAAUAAGUGAUUAAUGAAAAAGAAUGAAACAGAAAUAGAAUGGGGACGAUGUAGGAAGUGGUAAUAAAGUAAGACCAAGUCAACAGACACAUCUCUCUCUAUAAAAAUAAAAUAAAAAAAAAGAAAGAAAAUGGAUUCAAUUCAACCGUCUCUCCACUCUCCUCGCUCCCCUGCUUCUACAUUUCAGAUCUCUGUUCCCCUCUCUCACAAUCAAGAUUAACCGGAAUGAAUUUGGAAGAUCGCGAGCAGCAAUUACCCCCGCCGACGCAAGGCGGCAGCCUCCACCACCACCACCCGCGGCGGAAGAACCCCUACCAGAAACGCCUCGAAACCACCGCAUCCAAACCCAGGGCAUACGUCAUCCUCCUCCUCGUCCUCGCCUUCGCCCUCGGCUACCUCUCCCACUCCCACCCCCUCCUCUCCAGCACCGCCAGCGACGUCCUCGAGCACAACUCCUUCCCCGCCCCCUGCGCCGAGCCCCUCCCCCCCUCCGACGUCCGCCGCACCAUCCUCUCCCGCGUCUUCAACAACACCUCCCCCUGGCAAUCCUUCCCCCCUCUCCACGCCCGCCCCCUCCUGCUAAAGGAAUGGACCAAAGGCUGGGGAUCUCAGAUGCCGGUCUUCGAGCAUUUGAUCGAGCAAGUCCGCCCCCGCACGAUCGUCGAGGUCGGCACCUUCCUCGGCGCCUCCGCUACUCACAUGGCGUCGAUUGCGAAAAAGUUAGGGCUGGAGACGCAGAUCGUGUGCAUCGACGAUUUCAGGGGGUGGCCGGGGUAUUACGACGAGGAGAAGAAGAGCUUGAAGAUGGUGAACGGAGAUUCUCUAUUACUGUAUCAAUUUAUGCAGAAUGUGGCGAGGGCGAACGCGACGGAGAAUAUAAUCAUGAUGCCGUUCUCGGCGGGGACGGCGCUGGGGGGGCUGUGUGAUUGGGGGGUGUACGGGGAUCUGGUGGAGGUGGAUGCAGCGCAUGAUUUCCACUCGGCGUGGGUGGAUAUUAACCACGCAUUUAAGGUGCUGAGGCCCGGCGGAGUGCUGUUUGGGCAUGACUAUGCUUGGGAUGGAGUCAGGAAGGCGGUGCAUAUUUUUGCCAGGCUUCAUGGCUUUCAAGUCAAGCUAGAUGGAGAGCACUGGAUUCUCUAUUGAUUUUUUCUUACUGAAUUUCUGUGACUGCAGCAUUGAUUCACUGUUUGUAUUAUUGAUUUAUCCCCCCCUUUCCCUCUCUCUCCAUUUCAAUUUCACGCUGGAGUUGGUCAAUGCCUAAUGCUAUUAUACUACUAGUUUCCUUCU